AUGUUGGGUAACAUGUUUGCUGCCGGCAUUACGCCCCUGUUCGGCCUGAUCAUCGUGGAUUUCAAAGUCAGCACUGGCCAAGUCUCUACUUUGUCAUCAUAUGCCCUGCUGGCCCUUGGGAUUUCGAACAUGUUCGCGGUUGUGGCAUCCAAAUACAUCGGGAAACGAUAUGAAAUCCUCAUAUCUCUCGCUGUGUUCACUGCUUCCAAUGCUUGGGCCGUGUACGCGACGACCUUUCAUUCACUCAUGGCGACAAGACUCGUUGGUGGCCUCUCCAGGGGAGUCGUCGAAGCCCUCGGCCCGGAGGUCAUCGUGGAAAUAUUUCACGAGAAACACCUUGCUUCGGCCAUGGUCAUCUAUGUAGGAUUCCUGGCAGCCGGAUCCGCUAUUGGACCCGUUAUAGCUGGGCUUAUCGGAACCGCGACGGGCGAGUGGCAAUGGUACUUUAAGUUCCUGGCAGUUUUUGCUGGGGCCAUCAUGCUGCUUUGCAUCUUGAUGCUCCCGGAAUCUACCACUAACUCACUCUCCAUCAGCUUUCCUGACCAGCUUGCGGAGCCAGCCUCCAAGAAGGAUGCUGAGCUUAUCGAAAGUUCUGACUUCACCUCCAACCCCCAACAAGAGGUUAAUCUUCGUAACGUAUGGGUGUCUCGAUCCUUUAAGGUUCGAAAUUCAGAUUGGAACCGAGAUGAAACUGCAGUCCAGUGUUUAUAUGUGCCCUUCUUGAUGCUUACUCAGCCUGCUGUUUUCGUCACAACUAUUGUAUUUGGCCUGACGAUUGGAUGGACCGUUGCCUGCUCCAUUGUGUUCUCCAAUGUCUUCCAAGAGCCACCCAUGUUGUGGACUGCAAGAGCCAUCGGCCUUUUGAAUAUUGCUCCGUUGGUUGGACUAAUGAUUGGUCUCCCAAUUGGCGGCAUUUUAGUAGACAAAUUGUCCGCCCGUUCUACCCAACGACAUGGGGGUAUUCAUAUCCCAGAAAGUCGACUACUCAUAGUCACCAUUGGUGGUGUUCUCAGCCCUGCUGGUGCUCUCAUUAUUGGGCUCACUAUGAGCUAUCGCACUCAUUGGGUUGGACAAGCCAUUGGAUGGGGUAUGCUGUCACUUGGUCUGACUGCAUCUGCUAAUAUUCUCCUCACUUACGCGGUUGACUGUUAUCCCACCCGUGCUGCACAUACAGCGUUGAUGGUGAACGUCAUCAAAAACCUUCUGGCCUUUGGUGUGUCAUUCCGGUCAAUGGAUUGGUACUUACGUGAUGGUCCUCUAAAGCAAUUUGGUGCUAUGGCAGGAGCUCUGUGGGCAAGUUAUCUGCUCGUGCUACCACUUUACUUACUUGGUGCGAAAAUCCGAACUCGCUUUCACUCGUGA